AUGUACCCGUCAAAAUCAUUUGUGCUAUUAUGCACUUACCUGUGCUCGAGUGGCAUAGUGAAUGCAGGACAAGCAGUCUCGCACGAUGUGGAUCAGGAAGUACGUGAACAAGGAGUUUGGGAUUUUAAACCCCUUGUGCCUGGAAAUCGUGGUAGCAGCAAAGGUGAAAAUAGUGGUGGUAUUGGUGAGAAUAUGGACACCACGCAUGAUAUAGCAGUUACCCAUCCUGAAAAUUCGCACUCAUGGUUCCAUGCAACGGCUACAGUCACCCACUCGCUUACAGACACAAAAACAGUCAAAGCACCCAUGGUUCCAGAAAAUAACUGCCUGACCACUACACUUAUCACCAUCGGUAGGCACAUGGUUGACCUGCAAGAGGGUGGUGAACAGGUGUUUGAACAGGUAAUUAGACCGUGCAUUGAAAAAUUUAAUUCCCUUCUGCCAGUAGGCGCCAAGUGUGAUGUGGACGCAUCAGUAUCACUGGUUGAUACCUACUACAGUGGGCUGUUGUCAUGGGUGCCCGGCACACAUGACAGUAACACCUAUGGAGCACUUAGAAAAUCAUCGUUGCUAGUCAAUUUGUGCGACGAACCCUGUGUGGAAGCUUUCACGAAGUGCUACCAGAGUCAGACGCUCAAGGUGUUCAUAGACCUGCUAUUCCCACCCAUUGACAACCAACCACCAGCAAGCUCUGAGUGUGACCUUGGCGGUGAUUUGAAGAUUCCCGCCUACCAGCUUCCCGUCGAUCCACGCCCGGCAACACCUGCCAACUGUAAAGUGCUUUCAAUAUGGUUCGAUCCGGACACGGGACGAAGUGAGUGGAUCUGCGGACUUUGCGACGAAGGGUAUUACAGUGACGGUGAUAAGUGUACUAAAGCUACUGAUCAGCAGUGUCUGCCUAAUGAUAAUGAUGGUUGCGAGGUCGACGUUGGAAAUGGCCCUUACUGUGCAUAUGAAGACUUCAGCGUACAAGGAACCUUCACGGGUGAGGUCAUCCAGGCAUGCCUACCAAAGAACUGUUGCUCCAAAUCAAACACCAUCACCAAUGGCAUGAGUUUACUCGCAACUUGUAAUAGCUGCACCAAUGAAACUAGAGCGGACGUAGUAGAUGUCAUUGACCCUGGCUCUCCGCCUACUGAUAACAACGUAAUAAUUGUUGAUGAAGAACGUGGCCCCCCCGAUACUGGUAAUGCUGGAGCCCCCGGUCAACAGAUUUCAGUAACAGUGGUAAAUAUUGUGACAGAGCAAACUUUACCUGACGUUCCAAUUGCACUCACAUGCGAGGACGAUACCAGUAUGGUAGAAAAGAAUACAGACGAUGAAGGUACUCGGGAGUUCAAUGACUUGCCUGACUGUACAUAUAGUAUCAGCGUACCGGGUAAUGUGGACGGAUCCGGGCCUUUCUACGGUUUCUUCUUUGAAGGAGAUACCGAUGAGAUUGUAGUUGGUAGCGCAGAAGCACUUAUUCCAGAUCGUGCCACAGGAAACGUAGUUGUUUAUUACGGAGAUGUUGGAAGUAUCGAGGGAACAGUUUUGUGCCGCGAGGGUGCAGAUGUGAGUGGUUGCGAGGGCGUGGAAGUCACUGCUAUCUGUCCGGGUAAUGCGAUGAUGUCGCAAACCACAACCACAGAUGCAAACGGUGAAUAUGUAUUUGAUGAGAUGUUGAUGUGCGACUACACAGUGUCGGUUCCACCUACACUGGAUGAGUGGGUAUUAAUAGACGGACCCAACGAUGGCGAUGGCGACGAUAGUUCAACAGAUAUCACGUUAUCCUCUUACAAUGAAACCGUGACGUUGGGUACGUUUACCUACGGCAAGCUGGGAAGUAUAUCUGGCCACGCUCUAGAGUUGGUGUCAGAAAAGCCCAUUGCCGAUGUUGAGAUCACAGUCACGUGCCCAUUGUCAAUGGUUGUAUCUGAUGAAGAGCAAUUCAAAAAUUACACCACAACUACUGACGACGACGGGUAUUUCCUAUUCUCGGACUUGCCCUAUUGCAGAUACAUUAUGUUUGCACCUGGCCGUGUGCUUGCAGUGGGUCCCAUCUACGGCGUUGUUGACGAAGGAAGCAGCAAUUUGGUAUCAGUCACCGAUAUAGAGUUGACGAGCAUCGCCCCCAACUCUACUGACAACAAUAUCUACUAUGGUACAUUGGGUAGCAUCGAGGGAACCAUUGGAUGCGGGUUGGGUGAUGAGUAUAGCGGUCUAGAGAAUGUUGAGGUAACAGUUACAUGCAAAGACACUCCAUCGUUCAGCCUUGCAGUGACAACUGAUGGUAACGGAAGUUUUCAAUUCGAUUCAUUGCUCAUUUGUGAGUACACGGUAUCUGUCACAUCGACUCUUAAUGGACAAGUGCUCAUCUUUAUGCCAGUGGAUGGCGAUGGCGAUGAUAGGUCGACAAGCGUCGCAAUCACUGCUGAUAACCUGAACGUUUCAGUGGAUGGCACAUUUACCAAUUGCGAACCGGAAGAUGGUGAUGGUCUGCCUGAUACCG